CUUUUUUUUAUGACGUUAACGCAACGAUGACUAGCUAAAAAUGGCUCUAAGGUGACUAAAACCUGACGAGACGCUUUCGAGUUUUCGUUGACGAGACGAGACGAAACGAAAAUGAUUAUAAGUCUGACGUUCACAAUGUGUGUCAUUUCUGCCUAUUUUGCGUGAAAUCUGUCUGUUUUUACCUAAAAAAUAAAGUAUCAGCAAUGCUCAUGCUGCCGCUUACUAUCCUUGUUUUGGGUACGCCCACCACCCGGCUGCCGCCAUGCCGCGCACGCGCACCAGACUCCACACAACAACAACACUCCGGCUAGUCACUUGCAACACCUCUUUGAAGGACCAUGGCGGUUGCGCCAAUAAACGGGCUUGGUGGUCGGAAACGACGUGAUGAUUUGUGGACAUACUUUCUGUAUAAUCCCUCAGAAAGAAAAACUGAAUGUGUAGUAUUGGGAGACGACGGUAAAUGUGGCCACAAACUAGGUGGGAAGAACACCACCAACCUCAAGCGGCACCUGAAGGCUCGUCACGCUGCUAUUUUUUCAAAGAUCCCAGUGACCAGAACUCCUAUAAAGAAAUCUGGUUGUCCAAAUAACGAAAAGGCACAGACAUCUAUCGAAACAGCCUUUGCCGCAGGAUCUAAAUACAAGUCAAACUCUGUGGAACAACGUGUCAAAGAACAAGCGCUCGCUCUUUGGAUUGGACGCACUGGUCUACCUGCUUGCACAGUGGAGGAUGAAGAUUUCAUCCACAUGAUCGAGACCUUUGAUAAAAGGAUGACCAUACCCAAAAGAACAAAAAUAAACAACUUGGUUGACAAGAUUUAUGAUGAUGAAAAACUGAAGUACAAAGAGCGGCUUGCCAGAGCACGUAAAAUAACAAUUGGGCUGGACAUAUGGACCAAAAAAGGACUUACAGCUUCAUUUCUGGCAAUUAGUGCAUGUUUUUUUUGCACUAUGGUAAACAAAGCACAGCACAUAUUGUUGAGACUUGAUCAGAUCGCACACCCACACACGGCAGAGUGUAUUAAACAUUCUGUUGACCAGUGCAUAGAGGACUGGGGAAUACCACAACACAAAAUUCUAACAGUCAUAACUGACAACGGAAGCAACAUGAUUGCAGCAUUUAAGUCUAAUGAACCAGAUGAGCCCACUAGCUCCGAGGAUGAAUCCACUGAGACGAGUGACCCUGAAGAUUCUGAGGUGGCUGUUAGAGAACACCAAAGGUUUGGAGCCAUAGAUAUGAGUAGGACCCCCUGCGUUGUACACACUCUACAACUUGUGGUGAACAUGAUCCAGAAAGACACAAGUGUCAACCGACUGCUGAGCAAAGUAAGAGGUCUUGUUAAGCUCUUCCGCAAGUCAUCGGUGGCAACUGAGCGACUGCUGCAGCUGUGUCAACUAACCCUGGUCAAAGACUGCCCUACUAGAUGGUCCAGCACAUAUCAGAUGAUAUCACGGCUUCUCCAAGUCAAGGACUCAGUAGUUCAGGUUGCGGAUGGGAUGGGCUGGGACUAUUUACUGCCAAGUGAGUGGCAUAAGCUGUCCGCUCUCAGAGAUUUACUUAUCCCCUUCGCUGAGCAUACCCAGUUGCUUCAAAGUGACACACAGUCAUUAUCCCUUGUGGUGCCUGCCCUUCUGGACCUGCAGGGUCACCUGUCUGAGUUCCCCCAUGCCCAGGGAUCUAGCUUUAAGGACCUCGCUUCCCUGGCAAUUAAGAUGAAGGCAAACAUGGACAAGAGGUUCAGCUGCUUUCUUGAUCACACUGACUCCAAGUUUUCACCUCUCGCUAGUGCUGCAUGCUUCCUUGACCCAACAGUUGCACCUGAAGCACUCCUUGAAAAUGAUGAUGAGCAAAUAGAGGCACUUCUGAGAGCGUCAGAAGAUUAUAUUGCUCAGUUGGUGCCACGAGUUGUACGGGAGGAGGAGGCUGAAGAUGAGGAGCCAGAGCAGGGAGAAGAAGAAUCCAAAGAAGAGCAGCCACAUAACAAGCGGCCCAGAUUCAGAUUCUUGUCCAAACCAAGCCGGCCAUCCAAGUCUACCCAUUCAAAGCCGUGUGUUAAGGAGGAAAUCAAGAAAUUCAAGGAGCAGUUGUCACAACCUAUAAACCAAGAGACUGCCCUAGAAUUUUGGGCUGCACAGGGAGAUUCUGUUUAUCCGAGUUUAAAACCCAUUGCCUUAGACCUUCUGGCCAUGCCAGCAUCUCAAGCAUUUGCUGAGAGAGUCUUUAGCAUUACAGGUGACCUCAGUCGUGGCCGUCGUAAUAGAGCACGAGUCAUUUUAGAAAGAAGUGCUUUCCUGAAACUGAAUCGAGAUCAGUAG